CUUCCCAUCAGGUCGGGAUCCCGUCGAUCCCAUCAGGUCGCAAGCUUUUAGCUGCUUGCAGGCUGCAGGUAAUCUAGGGUGGUGAAGGUGGGCGGCAAGGCUAGCUGAGAAGUGGUUGAGAUCGAGGGAAAGUAACCGGAUGGCUGGGGCUCUGUGUGUCCCUACUCCGAUUUGGCCUAUAAAAGGGAGAGGGAUUUCAGGAGAGGAGAGGGAGCGAAAAAAAAAAAAAAAGGGAGGCAAAGAGGAGAGCGAAGAAUCUAGGAGAUCAUUGUGAGUUCGGGUUAGAGGAACCAAGAGCAAUAGAAAGUCCAAGUUUUGUUUUCGGAAUCCGAAGGUUACUGCGGACAAGGUAUCAUCAUCUUGUUUUGAUUUAUUUUAUGUAUAUUAUAUUAAAUGGGAACCUGAGUUUGCUGUUGAAUUUGUUGCGAAUUUAUUCUCAGUUUCAUUCAAUUCUUACUGUGCAUUGAGAAUAUCUUGAUUUGGUCAUGAAAUUGUGAAUAUUUUUCAAUUGCUUUCAAUGGGAAUUCAUGUGGAUAUUUUUUCUGGACAAACUCACACAUCUUUGUUUUGCUGAUGAUCUAGUAAUCUUUACUAAUGGUAGUCUACCAUUUAUGAAAACUGUUGUUGAUGUUUUAGGCCAUUUUUAUCAGAUUUCUGGUUUGAUGGUUAAUUACAACAAAUCAGAAAUUUUCUGCUGUGGGCUAUCAAUGACAGAAAUACAGCUGCUGGUUGACAGAUUUGGUUUUAAGCUCGGUACCUUGCCAGUAAGGUACCUUGGAGUGCCUCUUAUUACAGGAAAGCUCACAUGUAAGGAUCUGCGCCCCUUUGAUUGAAAAAAUCACUAACAAGCUGACUUCCUGGACAGCUAAAUACCUCACUUUUGAUCAGGUUAGUUUUUGACAGGAUUAGUUUUUACAUUGUGUUUGUGUAGCUAGUAGCAGCUGUUAUUUUUGCUGCUUUGAUGUACUCUAGUAUUUUUCUGGAUAAAUAAAGAUUUACAUUUUAU